CACCAUGAAAAACGUGUUAAUGAUGGAGUGUUACGACAUCCAGCAGAUUGUGAAGCUUGGAAAAAAUUUGACCAAAUUCAUGAGUCAUUCGCAAUGGAUCCCCGUAAUGUUAGGCUUGGACUAGCUACAGAUGGGUUUAACCCAUUUGGAAAUAUGAGUAUUAAAUACAGUGUCUGGCCUAUUAUCUUAUUUCCAUAUAAUCUUCCCCCUUGGAUGUGCAUGAAAGAGCCUUACUCAUUGAUGUCAUUACUUAUACCAGGUCCAAAGGGUCCUGGGAAUGACAUUGAUGUAUUCUUGAGGCCGUUGAUUAAUGAGCUGAAAGAAUUGUGGGAAGAUGGGGUGUGUACAUAUGAUGCUUCAACAAAGGAGAACUUUCAGAUGAGAGCAGCAGUGUUGUGGACUAUCCAUGACUUUCCUGCAUAUGCUGUUAUUUCUGGUUGGAGUACAAAGGGAAAUUUGGCGUGUCCUUGUUGUCAUAAUGAAACUACUCAUUGCAGGUUACGAAAUGGAUAUAAGAUAUGUUAUAUGGGACAUCGUCGUUUUUUGGCCUUAGACCACAAAUGGCGUAAUAAGAAGUCACAAUUUAAUGGUAAAAAAGAAAGGAAGACAGCACCCAAACGGUUAUCUGGUGAUGAUGUGUUAAAACAAAUUCGUCCAUUAAAGCCAAUUAUAUUUGGGAAAGGCCAGAAAAAGCAAUUUCUAGAAGGGCAUGGGCAGUUUCAUAAUUGGAAGAAGCAUAGCAUUUUUUUUGAAUUGCCAUAUUGGAGAACACUUUUGUUACGUCACAAUUUGGAUGUGAUGCAUGUUGAAAAAAAUAUAUUUGACAAUGUGAUUGGGACAAUUAUGAAUAUUAAAGAUAAGACGAAGGAUUCUUUAAGCACUCGUCUUGAUCUAAAAGAAAUGGGUAUACGACAUACGCUCCACCCCAUAGAGGUUAAUGGGAAGAUAGAGCUACCCCCAGCUUGCUAUACACUGUCAAAUGAUGAGAAAAGGGCCAUAUGCUUAUGGCUAAAAAAUCUUAAAUUUCCAGAUGGCUAUUCUGCAAAUUUAUCUCGAUGUGUGAAUAUUGAGGAGAGAAAAAUUUCUGGUAUGAAGACUCAUGAUUGUCAUGUUUUCCUAGAAAGAUUACUCCCACUUGCAGUGCGUGACUUUUUACCUAAAAACGUAUCUGAUGCUUUGACUGAGUUAAGUAACUUUUUCAAAGAAUUGUGUUCUAAAGUGUUACGAGUGGAUGAUUUGGAUCGUCUUGAAACCCAAAUUGCAAUAACCCUCUGCAAAUUAGAACAAAUUUUUCCACCUUCUUUCUUUGAUGUAAUGGUUCACUUGGCCAUUCACCUAUCUUGGGAAGCUAAAGUUGCAGGUCCAGUGCAAUACAGAUGGAUGUAUCCAGUUGAGAGGUAUUUGCGCAAGCUUAAGAAUUAUGUCCGUAAUAAGGCACACGCAGAAGGGUCUAUUGCAGAAAAGUAUUUAGCAGAUGAAUGUCUAACAUUUUGUUCUCGCUAUUUACAUGGAAUAGAAACCAAAUUUAAUCGGGUAGAGCGAAAUUAUGAUGGAGGUACUUCCGCAUGUGCAAAUACUUCUCAAUUGUCCAUAUUCUCAACACCUGGACGACAUUUAGGGAAAGCAAUAAGGUGUGAGUUGAAUGAUGAUCUUCACAAUGCAGCAACAUUUUAUGUUCUUCAAAAUUGUGUCGAAGCUGACCGAUUUGUUGAGUAAGAUGAUCUUCACAAAAAUUACUUUUUUGAUAUUCUCAUGAUAUGAUAUUAAAACUGAUUAGAAUAUUUAACUGUGUGCAGAGAACAUAAGAACAUCCUUACAAAUGGAGGUGUUCUUGACAUUGACAAGGUGCAUAAACAAGAAUUUAUUGCGUGGUUU